GCCUAAGGUCUCUGGGCAGGGCGACAUGUCGGCCAGGGUCUGUCGAAUGCUGCCUAUCCGCCGGUGCCAACACGUGUACACCCCGCUGGGCUCUGCACGAGCGUUCCAGUGCAGUGGUCACCAGGAGCGUUACCAGCGGUUAGGUCCGGGGGCUUAUGGGGGGUCGCCGUCUUCGCCAGCAGUACUUCGAUGGGCUGGGCAGACCUGAUGGUUCCAGUCUGACGCAAGCCCGGUUGCAUUUGUUCGAGCCCUCUACUCUGCUGACCUGUAACCCUGACUAGAACACAUGAACUAUAAACGAGCUUAUGUCGUUAUGAUUUAACACCAACACCGGGUGACGAGCGGGCGGGGAGGCAGCAACGGGCUUGCUCCCUUUACAGCGUACAGUUGCAGUUUCAUGGCUUCUGAGCUUGCAUGGCUACCAUCAGAUGCUAUCGCUGGUCGCCUUCUGGGCUCGGGCGGGUUCGCCACAGUGUAUGAGCUGGAAUGCGCGCGAGGCCGGUUUGCGCUCAAGCUGCUAAACGCCGCCAGGGCUGACAGUGGCUCGGGUUCUAAGUCACAAAAUGCGCGUUUGUUUGUGGCGGAGGCCAAGGUUCAUGGGGCUAUGUCUCACAGCGGCAUAAUCCGCACGGAUGGGCUGGUGCUGGUACCGCCGGGCGUGCCCGGCCUCCCUUUACGAACCCCCACGCUUGGACUGCUGAUGGAGCUCGCCGACCACGGCAACUUGCGUGACCGCAUCUAUAAAGCUAUGGGACACGGACAUCGGGCCUACAGCGAUGCCCAAGCAGCCGAUUGGCUGCUCAGCCUGGCGGAGGCUCUGGCGUUCCUGCACGGCUCCAACCCCACCGUGAUCCACCGGGACGUCAAGGCCGAGAACGUGCUGCUGCAGUCCGAGGCGGCGGCAGGGCCUGCUGGGGGAGCGGGAGCAGCAGCAGGCGUGGGCGGAGGCGGAGGCGGACGGCUGGUGGCCAAGCUGGCAGACCUGGGGCUGCACGUGAGGCUGGAGCAAAACUGCACUGUCAUGCUGCGGCGGCGUGCCUCCGCCUUCAGCCCCCUCACCACCGGCGGUGCCUCAUCGCCCAUGGCUCCAGCGGAGGACGCUGCGGCCUGGAGCAGUGGCGCCGCUAGCUCCGGUGGCGGCGGCCUAGGCCUAGGACCCGGCGGCGUCUUUGUGGCAAUCUCGGGCGGUGGCGCAGCCAUGCCCAAAGCUACAGCUGUGGCUGCUUCACUGGCUGCUACAGCUGCAGUUGCUGUAGCAGGAGCCGAGGGCGGGGCCGCGACGACUGCAUGCCCCGCCGCCACCGCCGUCGCCGCCGGCGCUGCCCGCUGUGGCUCCUCUCCCACCCCCGGUGCCUGCAGCUGCUCUGCUGGCACCGGCACGGCCGCCUGCACCUGCACCUGCAGCCCUCGCGGGAGCGGCCCUGUCGGGAUUGCGGCGGGGUUUGACACGGACACAGUGGAUGCGGAUUCAAACAUCAACCCAAAGCACCACAACCACAACAGCAUCAGCUGCAGCUUCGGACCGGGGCUACAAACGGUUGGCGGUUCGGGCCUGGGCGUGAACGGCGGCGCCGGGGCGCCAGCGGAGCUUGCAGCGGAGGUGGCGGCGCGCUCUGCCACCGUCGCCGCCGCCGCAGGCGUUGCCGCCACGACAACAACAGCGGGGCCGGCCGCUGCGGCUGCCGUGCCGUUACUGACUGGGGCCGCCUCGGGCGGGAGGGGCCCGCUGGACUACGUGUGUGAGGGGCAGCUGCAGCAGCUGUUCGCCAACAGGUGCGGCAGCGCCGGGCGCGCCGCCGCCUGCGCCAGCAGCGGCGGCUGCAGCACCUGCCGUGGCUGCUACAAGACUUGCAUGCCACAGCCGCAGCAGGCACAGCAGGCGCCGACGCGCAACCCGCUACGGGCGGGCAGCCUGCCGCGCCCGCCGGGGGCUGCAGCAGCCAUGGCUGUAGCUUUGGAGGGUGAGCUGGGCCGAUGCAGCUUGAGCGAGGCGGGUCUGCCGUACCGGCGUCCACCGGAAGAGGAGGAGGAGGCGGAGGCGAGGUGGCAGGGGCGACAGGGCCAGCACCGCAGGCCACGGCGCAGCGGGUCGGCCAGUGCCGGUGGCCUGGGCGGUGGGAGCAGCGCAGCAGCUGACGCGGCGGGCGAGGCUGCUGCGGCUACUGCUGCGGAUGCUGGAGCCUCGGUAGCGUCGGCACCUGCGGCUCGACGCCCUGUGGGCGCUGGGGCGACGGACGCAGGCAUUCUUCCUGAGCCGCAGGAGGCCUGCGGCGGGACAUUGGCAGCGUUGGAGCAGGCGGCGGAGCAGGCAGAGCCGGCAGGCGCAGCGCAAGAUUGGGGCUGUGGCGGUGGUGUUGAUGAUGUUGAGCAUGGCUACGUGUCUGACGGUGCCAGCGACUUCAAGUUCGGCCCCGGCCACAUGCGGCGUCUGGGCAGCAUCACGGAGCUGCUGCUGACGCCGGCUGCUACUGCCGAGGAGGAGGGCGGCAACGGCAGUAGCGCGGCAGUAUCAGCCGCAGCAGCAGGCGCACUGCGCGGCGCCAGUAGUAGUACCGGCGGCGGCAGCUGUGGGGCCUCGAGCGUGGCGGGCGGCAAGCUGCCAGAGCACGAGGCGUUUGAGUGGGUGUACGGUCUGACGGGUCAGGCGGGCAGCUGCUUUUACAUGGCUCCGGAGGUGUACCUGUGCCAGCCCUACAACGAGAAGUGUGACGUGUUCAGCUUCGGCGUGCUUGCCUACGAGCUGUGGUCUCGGCAGCUGCUGCUGUACACCUACAUGCGCACGGCCAAGGGCGUGGUGGCGGGCAUUCGCAAGCCCAACGAUUUUGCGGCCAAGGUGUCGGAGGGCUUCCGGCCGCCGCGGGGUCGGCGAAUGACUGACGCGCAGUGGGAGCUGGUGUGCCGCUGCUGGCACCAGGACCCCUGCGAGCGGCCGCCCAUGGCCGAGGUGGCGGCGGCGCUGCGGGAAAGCAAGGCGGCCGCGGAUUCAGAGGCCGCGGUGCGUGCGCAGCUGGCACAGCAGCAGAAGGAACAGCAGCAACAGCUGCUGCGGCAACUCACGCCGCUGGCUCGCUCACGCCAGGGCAGUGGCCGCUGCUGCCCCUCAAAGCCAGGGAGCCUGCGGCGACAGGCAUCCGCCGAGGCGACGCCGAGAGCACCAGAGGCUGCGGCCCGCGAGGGCAAGCAGCCGGGGUGUGGCUGCGUCAUCUGCUGAAGGCAGUCCUGUUGCUGUUGGCGGCCUAACCACUGGCGGCGAGCUGAUUGGCUUGGCGGCCAGGCUUGGCAGCUACACUUGCAACACAACUCAACACUACAUGCAUGCAUUUGCGAGUGCUCGCAAGAAUGAAAGUAUUUAUCGAAACAGCAGCCAAGAUUGUGUUUGUGUACGGUACAUCGUGUGGGCGUGGUUUCAUUGCCGGGUUUUACCCCUUGAGCUUCCUACUUGGCCUGUGCUUCAGGCCUUCUUCAUUAUCCUGUCAAU